UUCAGUGUAACUGAUUUGGAUGCAUGUUGUAUUAUUUGCUAUGCUUAUUGUUUCUUUCAGAUCACCAAGAAGUUGAGCGGGCCUGCGAAAGGCACAGCACAGUGGCUUACCUCAGUGGGCAAUGAGAUAGGUCAGGUGCUGAUGAGUGUCCUGACUGCGAAUGAAGGGGCUGGGUUAGACCUCAUGGCUGCAGGGCUCAUGGAGCGAUACCGGAGUGCUGGUGUUGAUCCUCCCACUAUCAUUUAUGUGGACUGUGAUUGUUGCAAGAAAGUGGGAGAGACUAAAUUGAAGAGGCGGUUCAGCGGCUGGCCAGAUGUCAUCGUCCGCCUAGACAUUUGGCAUUUUAUGCGACGUCUGGCAGUAGGGUGCACCACUGACGCCCACCAGUUGUACCCUACUUUUAUGGCAAGGCUGUCAUCCUGUAUUUUUGAGUGGGAUGCAGGGGAUCUCACUCUGCUGAGACAGGCCAAAAGGGAGCAACUCAUCCAACAGGGCUGGCCUACUCUGUCGGAGGAAGAACUGGACCAUCAUUUAACUAAAGCUGAGCUGCUCCAGCACUGCAGGAGGAGAACACGGGGAGAAGAAACCACUUUCCGCCUCCUUGAUAUGCUCAUCAGAGAGCUCAUGGGUGGCAAGGGGAAUGAUGCUCUUGGUGUUCCUCUACUUGACAGUGUGAGAAUGCAGCACAUCUGGAAUGUCCAGAGGCGGCACAUCACCUGUAUCCAAGACCCUCCAAAUGUGCCGCUCUAUACUGAAACUGGAACUACAAGCAAGGGUGGGGUGGUUCUAAAAACCUAUCGUUGUGCCAGAGGCUCCACAUCCCUGGAAUCAUUUCACUGCCACCUAAGCAGAUUUAUUCCAGGGAACAGCGCAAACAGCCUGAACUUCCAGAUUUAUCUCCUGGAAGGUUUAUUACGCUGGAAUCAGGACCGGGCUGAAGCUGCUGUUGCAGAUGGAGGUUCAACUCUGCGCUCUUACACAGGGGAGCUGGUUUACUCUGUCAAUGAGAACUACAAUAAGUUGUAUGGCAGGAAAUUGGUCCCUAGCUUCACUCCACCUGCAGUAUACACAGGGGAGCUCAUUGGAGUACAGUACUUGUUGAGGCAGAAUAGUCAGCCCCUGGAGGACAUGUGCCCUACCUCUGAUAGGACUUCUCAAUUGCUGGAGGAGAUAGAUGUGGAGGAGCAAGUGGAAAAGGAUGAGGGUUUCAUUGAUUUCUUUGGAGAGGAAGCCACAGUGGCAAAUCUUGUGGCAUCAGAUGACUUAGUCCUUUCAGGUCCACCAGUUCUACCAGCUGCACCAGUUCCCACUGCACCAGUGCCCAGUGUCCAGGAUCCUUUAGAUACACCAGUGCCCUCAGCAAUGGCUGUUGACGAACACUGCAUUCCUGGAAUGGACCGGGUGGAUGCAUUGGCAGAGUGUCUGGUGGAGCUGCGCACACAGACAAGCCUCACACUUACCAACCAACAAGUUGCGACCAUUGUGGGUCUGUGGCAGAACCUGGACAAAUUUGAUAAAGACAGGCUAAUCCUGAGCAAUGGAACGGUGAUGAGUGACACAACCCUUCAGCUAGUUGAGGUAAAUCAGAGGACCCUUACGACAUGGCACAAUAACCGUUUAAAGGGUCAGGAGGUCUCCUUGCUGUUGCAAGGGCUGGACCUUCCAGAGGCACGUCCAGUGGCUUUGGAUGUUUUGCCUCCAGCACGAGUACAGCCUGUUGUGCCUCCACAAUAUAGCCACCAGUUGCAUACCUACCAGAUGCCACCAGACACAGCUGGACAGGCAAAGACAAACAACUUCAAUCUGGCCAUCAGCCGUACACCCUCAGCGUUCAGCCACGUCCAGCCAGCUAAGGACAAUUUGUCCCAGGCCGACAGCACCACACCCUUUGGUUCCUGA